AUUUGUGUUAUGCACAGCGAGCUUUAAAAGAAAAGAGAGAGAAAGAGAGAGAGAGAGAGAGAAAGAAACUUGUGCGGCGUUAUUGGGUAACCUCCUUACCUCGCGCAGAGCCGUUCCAUUUUCGUCAACACCAUAUACCGGAGAUGCCGAUAGGGAGUUGCGCUACCGUAGUGUAAUCAUGUCAAUUUAUUUGUGACCAGUGACGUGAAGCCUUGACAAGCAUGACAAGAGCACGUAUAUAACUUAUAUUAUUAAUAAUAACAAAACAUUUUUUUCUAUAGAGAACGGUGCUUCGCAAUGGCUGAUAACUUGGCGAAGGUUUUCGCAGCCGAGGACUUUAACCCAGAAAAAUUUGUAAAGGAACUUAGCGCACAAUGCGUCGGAGCAGACGAACUGAGGCAGCAGCGCGCCAAGAUACAGGAACUGGCAAACAAUACCUCUGCUCAAUUGAAACGAAACGUCUACCAAAACUAUAUGCAGUUUAUCGAGACCGCCAAGGAAAUUUCGCAUCUGGAGAGCGAGAUGUAUCAAUUAUCUCAGCUCUUAAGCGAACAACGUGCCUUACUGAGCACACUGGGAUCCACGAGGACGGCAGGUGUCGUCUUUGAGGAUUUGUCCGAGUCGCAGCAGGAGAAUUCUGCUAAUUCUGUGUCCAAGGAGGAGGAACAAAAGCAGAAACUUAUUCAGUUAAUCGAAAAUGUGGAAGGCGCUAUGAGCUUAGCGGAAACUCCAGGACGGGUUUGCCUGCACGAAGGCUCUCUACUCGAGUUAGACCCGCUUGAAGGAACGCCAUUAAAGAGAAUUCACGCAUACCUAUUCAGUGACGUCUUGAUGGUCGCGUCUUGGCUGGCAAAUGGUGGUCGGCGCGGUCCACCUAGAUACAAAAUGCAGGCAGUGUACAAUCUGGAGACCCUGGCUAUCGUCAACGUGCGGGAUCACGGCACGGUGAAGCUGGCGUUCAAAUUACUGGCGUUCUCCGAUACGAGGGUGUUUCAGUGUGCUACAGCGACAAGUAAAAAAGAGUGGCUGGAUAAGUGCGAGCAAGCGAAGAGGGCCAAACUGGCAGGGGAGAACUCGACUGACGCGCCGGAUAACGAUAAGCAUCCAAAGGAGGACAAAGUUACACCAUCCCGUUCGAUGUCCUUAGACUCAAAUACACUAGGAAUAGACGAUGACGAUUCGGAGUACCACGAACCACUGCCAGAAUGGGUGCUAGAGGUGGCCGAAGAUCUGGAUUCUUGCAUAGCGCAACGCCACUUCGAGGAGGCGUACAGUUUACUGGAGAAGGCAAAGGCCUAUCUGAAAGACGCUCAUCCAACGCCGCUGCUGACCGAGAUCCAGGCGAAGGUGAACGAGAGAGGUCGCUCGCUGGUGAACGUGCUGACCAAGGAGCUGGAACUGAGCGCGGAAGCGAAAUCGCUGCAGGGGGGCGGUCUGAGGAGCGCGCGACGCGCGGUCAAGCUGUUGAUACAGCUGAACAGGAGCGCGCAAGGCUGCCACUUGUACCUACGGCUGUGCAGCGCGGUGCUGAAGGCGCGACUGAAGAGGAUCAAGCGAGAAGGCACAAUCAUGGCUUACGUGAAGCAGCUCAGCGCUAUUGCCUUCAGCAACAUGGCGGAAAUAGCGAAGGAAUUCCUGAAGACCUUCCCUCAGUCUACAAAUUGCACCUCCGCUCUAGUCGUGUGGUGCAGCCAGGAGGUGAAACACUUGACGUCGCACUUGGCUAAGCAGCUCUUCGUACCACAAGUUGUGCUGAGUACAUUGGUAGAGUGCAUUGUCGCUGUUCGAAGUCACUGCGAUCAGUUGACUCAACUUGGCAUGGACUUUCGUUAUCAGCUGGAUGGGCAACUCAGGUCUCCCUUAGCUAGAGCCAUUCAGGACGCAGGGAAGAACUGUAUCGACACGGCGAAGCUCCACGUGACGGAGGACACUUGGCGGCCUACUAAUCUGAAAACUAGUCAAAAUCUCCAGAAGCUAUUGUCGGAACUCGAUGAUCUCGGUAUAGGCCUGCCGCCGUUGUACGCGACGAACGACUGCUGGAUACCGCUGACGUACAAUACCUUGACCUUCUCCAAAAUUUACGUCAGUCUGUUAGAAGACUGCCUCAGCAUAGCCACGUCUGAACUGAUGUCCACGAUAGACGGUGUGCUGGUGUCCGUGAUGCGGGUCGAGGUUCAACAUCUGGUGGUUUCGCUCACGGACCCAAAGUUGAAGCAGGAGCGGAAAUUGGUACAGAGCAACGCAGCCUACAUACGCGACGUCAUUAUCGCCCGGGGACUGGAGCUGUACAAGUCCGCAACGAAUCAGAAAUUCACCAAGUUGCUCGCUUUGAAGGAGCAGAUUGUAUUCGAGUCGCCGUCGCCAACGAAGCCAAAACCAGCUCCGAGAACUUCAGUUCCUAAAUACUCUACCACGGAGUACCUCUAAUUGAGAAACGAGGUUGGCGUUACGUCGCUCAAUUUAUUAUGGGCAUCGCAGGGGAUGCCCCGUCGCAGGAUCAAAUGCUUACGUCCGCGUGCGCGAGACGAGAUGUACUAUAUUGUAUAUACGAGAAUCAAUCCGAGUCAAUGUGUAACAAUUGUAUGAUAACUAAGUAGAAGUGUGCCCUUUCACUUCUAAUGCAGGUACAUAUAUUAAUACGCAAUGCCAACGUAGAACUGAUCGAUAACUCAUAGCGUUUAAAAAAAAAAACAACAAUGGAUAAGUGAACUCUGAAAUUUAAUAGCUCGGACUAUCACGCAUAAAACUCCGCUGAUGGCGCUGAUGUAAUGCAAUGAUUUACAAUAAGAUAACAUACCUAAUACGAAAAAGUAUUAUUUACAGUUAAUUAAUUAGAUAUGUAGAUAAUUUAUAUACGCCACUCUAUAUAUAUAUAAUUACGUAAUAUCACUAUUUUGUACUCUUGUCGCUGCUAGUUUCGUUAUUCAUCUCCAGUUUCCUCUUCUUGGCGCGUAUGUCGGCCAGAGUUUGUUCUAUGCUUCUUUGGUCCUUCUUGUUUUUGCUAGGAACUGCAAAGGGAAAUUCGAAAUAUUUUGCUCACGGCUUUAAGAUCAUCAGGAUUAAAAACCAUCAAUUAUGAAACAUCUUCAUGAUUUUUACUGCAAAACCAUACGUUAAUAAUUAAUUGUCUGUUGUGUGAGCUUGAAGGAUGUACGUCGCAUUGUUAAUAAUAUGUGUAACAUGACAAUACCUAAUAAAUAUAAUUUUAGUAGUCUCUUA